AUGCCCAAAGCAGCGCCAAUGACUCCCAUCCGACGCAGGAAGCUGAUAUAUUCGUAUGCUCCUGACUGGGCAUUGACAAUUGUGCUGGCCGCAUUCUUCUUCUCUUUGGACAAGGUAGAUGGUUACCGAAGAGUAUUCUCCUUGGAAGAUUCGUCAAUUCGCCACCCCUACGCGGUACAUGAACGCGUUCCUAAUGUUGCACUGUAUUUCAUCUGCUUUGUUGCGCCGUUUCUCAUUAUGCCAAUCGUCAACUUCAUCACUGUCCGGUCCUGGUGGGAUUUCCACAAUAGUUCCCUAGGGUUAAUUCUUGGGUUGUCGAUGACCGGCUCUUUGACUCAAAUUGUUAAAAUCACUGUUGGACGGCCUCGACCAGACCUCCUUGACCGAUGCAAGCCACCUCCAGGACUAACAGACCCCCCAUAUGGCUCCACGGAUUGGACCGUUUGCACGCAAACUGACAAUGGUAUUUUGAGAGAUGGGUUCCGAAGUUUCUUCUCUGGCCAUUCUAGCAUGUCUUUUGCUGGACUAGGCUUUUUAGCAUAUUAUUUGGCGGGCAAAGUGCAUCUAUUUGACAAUAGAGGCCACGCGAGUAAAGCGUGGUUGGCACUUUCUCCGUUCAUGGCAGCUUCAUUAGUGGCUAUCUCUCGUACUAUGGAUUAUCGCCAUCACUGGCAAGAUGUGCUAGUUGGCUCACUUGUUGGAACCUUCUUCGCAUUCUUUACCUAUCGUCAAUAUUAUCCGCCUCUUUCAUCUGAGCUCUCUCACCGUCCCUAUUCCCCUCGCAUCAAGAGGGAAGACAACGAUCGUGCUGUUCUUCCUACUCAUAUUGACCAAUUUAAUGGUCAAACGAACAUCGGUAACAGGCAUCAAUACUCGGAUAGUACCGAUGAUCAUUUCGAAUUGGCUGGAACGGUUCCUCGACCACCUGGACCUGGUAGAUUGGAAAACGUCUGGAAGCAAGGAGCGGGAAGCCCCGAUUUGAGCCAGGAAGAUGUUGUGGCAGGUGGCUCGGCGAACAUUCAAUCUACUUCGGGCGGUGCUUUCGUUCCUUUGAGGAACCCGGGGACAACGAUGACGUGA